UUGCGACUGGAAAAGACGGGGAGAUAAACGUACCCAUUUCCUCGUACUAUUCUUUUUAAUUUUCCUUCUCCCAUUACCCAAAUCCACUCUCUCACUCUCCCCUCCGAUCUCGCAAUCUUUGUUUUUUCAAACAUUCACAAAUCCCUGUUCCGCAGUCAAUCAUGCCCAGUGUUCUCUUUUAUUUGUUCCGUAUACGUAAGCUGUGCUUGGUGCUCUUCGAUAAACUCUUAUUAUUGAUUAAAAAAACAAAAAAACCAUCCACAUUUCAAACAAAAUUCCUUUUUUUUUUUCCGUUGAUUAUUUUGUUGUGAUCAGCCACUAAAGAUUGCUGCGUUGCUGUUGCUAUUAGCUGUCACUUUAUUCUGAACUUCGCUCUCUUAAAGCACUUCCGUCGUUUCAUUGUGUUUUAUUACAGAAUUGGAGUUUUUGGAAUGAGGAAUGAAGGCCAGAAACAACAGCAGGGUGGUGUGCCAAAGCCAGGGCGGCCCAACAGCUUUAUGCCGAGCUCUUUUCGUGCCAUUUCCAGCUACCUGAGGAUCGUGUCAUCGGGGGCAUCGACAGUGGCACGCUCUGCGGCCUCGGCGGCGUCAUCAAUUGUGGAUAGGGAUCAUGAUGCCAGCCAUGAUCAGGUGAACUGGGCCGGGUUUGACAAGUUAGAGGAUGAAGGAGAUGUCAUUCAGCACGUUCUCCUGCUGGCUUACUGGUCUGGUUUCCAGGUUUGGGAUGUUGAAGAAGCAGAUAAUGUUCGAGGCCUAGUUUCCAGACAUGACGGUCCGGUUUCAUUUAUGCAAAUGCUCCCGAAACCAAUCACCAAAAAGAAGUUGCAGGGCAAGUUUGCAGACAGCCACCCACUACUGGUAGUUUGUACUGAUGGGUCCCUUUAUACAGGUAGUAGCAUUCAGGAUGGUGUAGCCACUCCUUGCAAUGGGAACAUCCCAAAUGGCGAGGAUCCAGUGGAUUGCGGUUUUUUGCCUACUGCUGUUCAGUUUUAUUCCUUUAAAUCUCAAUCUUAUGUUCAUGUGCUAAAGUUCAGGUCAGUUGUUUAUUCUGUACGGUGCAGUUCCCGAGUUGUCGCUAUUGCUCAAGCAGCUCAGAUACACUGCUUUGAUACCGAAACUUUAGAGAGGGAAUAUACCAUUCUUACGAACCCUAUAGUUUCGGUGUGCCCUGGUUCUGGUGGCAUAGGUUAUGGACCCCUUGCUGUGGGGUCCCGAUGGCUUGCUUAUAGUGGAAGUCCGGUUGUAGCCUCAAAUUCAGGUCUUGUCAGUCCACAACAUUUAAUGUGUUCUGCAAGCUUUCCUGAUUUCCCUUCAAAUGGGAGUAUGGUGGCUCACUAUGCAAAAGAAUCAAGCAAGCAACUUGCUGCUGGGAUUGUGACCCUUGGAGACGUGGGAUAUAAGAAGUUGUCCAGGUACUGCUCUGAGCUUCUGCCUGAUAGUAAUACUUCAAUGCAAUCAGGGAAUCCUGCCUCGCAAAUCAAUGGGACUGUUAAUAUCCAAUUAACAGAUGCAGAAAAUGCUGGAAUGGUCAUUGUCAGAGAUAUUGUCAGCAAAGUUGUGAUUGCCCAGUUCAGGGCACACCAUAGUCAUAUUUCAGCAUUAUGUUUUGACCUUAGCGGCACCCUUUUAGUUACCGCAUCGGUCAAGGGGCACAUCAUAAAUGUUUUCAAAAUAAUGCCUGGACUCCACAGAAGCUCUUCUACAUCUGCUGCCGGUGCAUCUCAUGUACAUCUUUACAGGCUGCAGCGUGGCUUCACAAAUGCAGUCAUACAGGAUAUCAGUUUCAGUGACGACAGUAACUGGAUUAUGAUCGGUUCAUCAAGGGGGACUAGCCAUCUGUUUGCUAUUAAUCCUGUUGGAGGAUCAGUAAAAUUUCAGUCUGCUGAUGUUAGUCCUACUACCGGGAAUAGAAAUUUGACUAAGCCAUCAGUUAAUUGGCCACCUAAUCAACAGAGCCUUUGUGCAGCUGGUCCUCCAAUUACACUUUCUGUUGUCAGUAGGAUAAGGAACGGAAAUAAUGGAUGGAGAGGAACAGUAAGUGGUGCAGCAGCAGCUGCAACAGGCAGGAAGAGUUUUCUUUCUGGGGCUAUUGCUUCUUCUUUCCACAAUUGUGGAGGCAAUGCUUUAUAUGUGGAUUGCAGCUCUUCAAAGGCAACAUACCACUUCAUGGUAUUUUUUCCAUCCAGUUGUUUGACACAAUAUAUGUUGCAAACAUCAACUUGUCUUGGUCCAAUGGCUGUUGUGCCUGGAUUAAGCAGUUCUGCUGAGUCAGCACCAGAAUGUGAUGCAAGAUUAGUCAUUGAGGCUGUCCAGAAGUGGAAUAUAUGUCUGGAACAUAACCGAAAAGGGAGAGAAGAUAAUACUGACAUAUAUGGUGAGAAUCAAAAUUUAGACGGCACUAGAAUAUAUUUUAAAGGAGUGAGGAAGGGAAAUAGCAUUCAUCCUGAAGCUGGGGAUAUAUUUACAAAGGCAAAGACCAGUUCUGAGGAGAAACAUCAUUUGUAUAUAUCAGAAGCUGAACUGCAGAUGCAUGAACCUCGAGCUCCGUUGUGGGCAAAACCUGAAAUAUACUUUCAGUCAAUGAUGGUGGAAGGCUCCAAAAUGGAUGAAGAAAAUGUUUCUGGGGGGGAAUUUGAAACAGAAAGGAUUCCAACUCACACAAUUGAAGCAAGGUCAAAAGGCUUGUUUCCAGCUUUUGAAUAUCUUCCAACUCCCAAAAUCCAGCAAACAAGUAAGCUUGCCCUGGACAGCAAUGUUAAUGGGAGAAUCCAGCAUCAGAGGUCUGGUCUGGCAAUAAAAUUUCCUCCAUUUUGAAAAAUAAGAAAAAAAGAAAAAGAGGUCUGGUCUGUUGGCGAACAGUGGGCUUUCAUGCGGAAGCAGUUCCAGCUCUCAUGAUUCUGUGACUGACAGUGAUGCUUCACUAGGAAAAUUUCACAAUGCCAUUGAAGAAACUGAUUCAGAUGGUCCUCGGAUGCCGGUAGAAACCAACAGCCUUGCAAAUAAUAAUGACAUCCCAAAAACAAAAACAGCAUGAGAUUGUAAAUAAUAGGGAGAGCUUCAAAAUGGAGGCUCAACUCAAGUUUGUAAAUACUAAUAAUGGAAGCGUAAAAAAGGAGAAUAAUUUUGAAGAUGAAGUUGAUGAGUUUGAUUA